AAAAGAAACCAUUCUGCUCAGCGUGCUUUAUGCUCACGACUGUCAUACUACUGCAAGUUUGAAAACGUCCUCGUAUUUUUCUAAGUAUUUGUUUUUAAUUCCCUCUUUUUAUAUUAGCUUGUUUCCCCAUAAUGUAAAAUCAAAAUCAUUCGGGAAAUCAGACCUUUACAAUUAGACGGGUUGUGCUGAGCAGCUGAAUGUCUUCAGCACAAAGAUAUGAGUUUCAAUGGCAGUUGCAUUAUGUCAGAGGAGCAAGGAAAGGACUCUCUGUCUGAGAUGAGUGUCUCAGAGAGACAGAGGACAGAUUAGAAGUGACAGAAAGCAAAGUGGGAGAAAGAGAUGGGGGCAGGAUCAGGAAUGGUCCUUGAUUCAGUAUUCGAACACGGGACGCCCGGAGCGCAACAGUGUUGUAUGUCACCACGCUGCCCACAAGGCUAUCGGCACCUACAGUAAUAUUCAUGAGUGGCUAUCUAUUGAAAAUAUCAGCUAAAGCAUUAAGGAAAUGCCGUUCGGACAACGUCUUUACAUCCAUUUUGACUGCACCCAACAUCCAUACAUCUUCAUUAUUCUUUGGAAUAAAUGCCGUUCCAUCUCAAUAACAAUCACUAUUUCCAGGUCAUACUGAACACAAUCAGUUUAACAAAUCAGUUCUGAGCUGUUGAGCUCUCUGUUCAGCUGCAGUAUGUCAGAGGAGCAGAGAAAUGAUGCUGAGAGUAGCCUCUCAGAGCUACAGAGUAUAACAUCAGGCUCACAUGUGUCCAGCUCCGUGUCUGUGAAAAGUGACCGUUCAAAAGGUGACAUGCCAAACUUCAGUAAGAAAACACCAUCUGCCACAAAAAGUGAAAGAUCAGACUCACCUGUAUCCAGCUCUGUGUCUGUGAAAAGUGACCGGUCAAAAGGUGACAUGCCAAACUUCAGUGAAAAAAACCCAUCAUCAAUCAAAAGCUCUGUGUCUGUAAAGAGUGACCGGUCAAAAGGUGACAUGCCGAACUUCAGUGAGAAUAAAACACCACCCAACAAAAGUGUGAGAUUAGGCUCACAUGUGUCCAGCUCUGUGUCUGUGAAGAGUGACCGUUCAAAGGGUGACAUGCCGAACUUCAGUGAGGAAAAAAUGUCACCUGCCAAAAGGAACAGGAAGAAUUUCAAAGACAGUCUCCUAUGUGUCUUCCAGGAUCUCGAGAGCAAAGUAAUCAGAUUUUUGAGGAAUGAAAUGGAAAAAUGUAAGAAAAUAUUACAACAAGAGAACACACACUGCUUAGUCAAGGACUUUAAUGAGAACAGAUGCCGUAUCAAAGAAGCAGCUCUUGAUCUUAUACUCUACUUCCUGAGAGAGAUGAAGCAAGAUGAAGCUGCUGAUACUCUAGAAGAUGAGCUGUUCUUUAUUCAUCAGCUAAAAUGUAGCCUAAAGAAGAAGUAUCAAUGUGUGUUUGAAGGAAUUGCAAAGCAGGGUGACUCUACACUUCUGAAUAACAUCUACACAGAUCUUUAUAUCACUCAGGGUUGUAGUGAACAGGUCAAUACUGAACAUGAGGUAAGACAGAUUGAAGUAACUUCCAGACGUUCUGAAUCACAAGAGGUACAGGUUGAAUGCAAAAAUUUGUUUGAAGUACCUGAACAAGACAAAGAGAUCAGAACUGUACUGACAAAAGGAGUUGCUGGCAUAGGAAAAACCAUCUCUGUGCAAAAGUUUGUUCUGGAUUGGGCUGAAGGAAAAGAAAAUCAGGAUAUCAGCUUUAUAUUUCCUCUUCCUUUCCGGGAGAUGAACUUAAAGGAGACCGAAAAACAAAGUUUCAUGGACCUUUUAACUCAGUUUUUCCCAGAGACAAAAGGACUGAACCUUACAAGAAGAAAUAAGUUUGAAGUCCUGUUCAUCCUUGAUGGAUUGGAUGAAUGUCGCCUUCCUCUGAAUUUUACACUGAAUGAGACAUGGUCUGAUGUAAUGUCACCAACCUCUCUGGAUGUUCUCCUAACAAACCUCAUCAAGGGAAAUCUGCUUCCUUCUGCUCUCAUCUGGAUCACCACCAGACCAGCAGCUGCCAGUAAGAUUCCUCCUGACUGCAUUGACCGGCUGACAGAGAUAAGAGGAUUCAAUGAUGCACAAAAGGAAGAGUACUUCAAAAAAAGAUUCACGGAUGAGAAUCUGGCCAACAAAAUAACUGAUCAUGUUAAAAAAUCAAAGAGUCUUUUUAUCAUGUGCCACAUCCCCGUCUUCUGCUGGAUUUCAGCCACUGUUCUCCAGAACAUUUUGGAGGAAAAAAGAAUUAAAGAUCUGAAAAGCAAUCAUGCUGAGGACAGUACUAAUACUCUGCAGGAAUCCAAUACUGAAGAUACUCCCAAGACUCUGACACAAAUGUACAUGCACUUUCUUCGCUUUCAAAUCCAGCAAAGCCGUCGAAAGUAUGAUGGUGAACACACACCAGAUGUUUCCUGGGAUAAAGAUGCCAUCUUUUCACUGGGGAAACUGGCAUUCCAACAGCUGGAAAGAAACAACCUGAUUUUCUAUGAAUCAGAUCUGGAAGCCUGUGGUAUUGAUGUCUAUAAAGCAUCAGUGUAUUCAGGCAUGUGUACCCAGAUCUUUAAGGAGGAAAUGGGGAUCAUGCUUGGUACCAUGUACUGCUUUGUUCACUUGAGCAUUCAAGAGUUUAUUGCAGCACUUUAUGCACAUCUGUUUCUAGACAUCAACAAGAAAAGUGUGUUUGUUCGUGAGUCUACACAAGAAAACAAAAAUGAAACCAUGAUUGAUUUGCUCAAGACUGCAGUGGACAAGGCACUUGAGAGUGACAAUGGACACCUUGACCUUUUCCUUCGCUUCCUUCUUGGUCUGUCACUCCAGUCCAAUCGUAAACUAUUACAAGGUCUGUUGACACAGCAAGAUGGCAAUGACAAGAACAAAAAGAAAAUAAUUCAGUACAUCAAGCAGAAAUUUGAAGCUAAUCUGUCUCCAGAGAGAUCCAUCAAUCUUUUCUACUGUCUGAAUGAACUGAAUGAUCAAACUCUGGUGAAAGAGAUUCAGACCCACCUUAGCAAAGGAAGUCUCUCAUCUGCUCACCUUUCACCUGCCCAGUGGUCUGCUUUGGCCUUUGUGCUGUUGACAUCAAAGGAGGAGCUGGAGGAGUUUGAGCUUCAGAAAUUUAAGAAAACACAUGAGUGUCUCGUUAGACUCUCAGCAGUCAUCAAAACUUCAAAAAGAGCUCUGUUAAAUGAUUGUGACUUAACAGAUAAAAGCUGUUCAGCUCUGGCUGCAUUUUUUGGAUCAGACUCCAAUCUGAAAGAGCUGAACUUGAACAAUAAUAAUCUACAGGAUUUAGGAGUGAAGCAGCUCUGCACUGGACUGGGGAAUAUAAAGUGUAAAUUAGAAAUACUCAGGCUGUGUGAUUGUGGUCUAACAGAGGAAAGCUGUUCAGCUCUCGCUACAGUCCUGACAUCAAACCCCAGUCUGAAAGAGCUUGACAUGAGCAACAAUAAUCUGCAGGAUUCUGGAGUGAAGAAACUUCAAAACGGAUUAGAAAAUACAAACUGCAAACUGGAGAAACUCAGACUUUCAAAUUGCCGUAUCACUGAAGAAGGUUAUAAAGCUCUGGCUUCAGCUUUGAGAUCAAACACUUCACACCUGAUAGAGCUGGAUCUCACAGGAAAUGAUCCUGGACAAUCAGGAGUGAAGCAGCUCACUGAUUUGCAACAAAGCCAGUGGUUCUCACUGAGAACACUGAGGUUUUUGGGUCCUGCUGCAGAUGAAGCCUGUCAGUAUGUGACUGAAGUUGUGGAUAAAAACCCAUUACUCCUGAGAGAGCUGAAUCUGAGUAAACAUGAGCUAGGAGACACACGAGUGAAUCAGAUCACUGCUCUACUGCAGGAUAAACACUGCAAACUCAACACGCUGAUACUCUCUGACUGCAGUAUUACUGAAGAAGGUUAUAAAGCUCUGGCUUCAGCUCUGAAAUCAAACCCUUCACACCUGAAAGAGCUGGAUCUCACAGGAAAUGACCCUGGACAAUCAGGAGUGAAGGAGCUCAAUGAUUUACUACAGGAUCCAAACUGUCAACUGAAGACACUGAGGUUUUUGGGUCCUGCUGCAGAUGAAGCCUGUCAGUAUGUGACUGAAAUUGUGGGUAAAAACCCAUUACUUCUGAGAGAGGUGAAUCUGAGUGAGCAUGAACUAGGAGACACACGAGUGAAUCAGAUCGCUGCUCUACUACAGGAUAAACACUGUAAACUCAAUACACUGAUACUCAAUAAUAACAGUAUUACAGCAGAAGGUUGUGCUGCUCUGGCUUCAGCGAUUAAUUUAAAUCCUUUAAACCUGAUAGAGUUGGAUCUGAGUGGAAAUAAACUAGGAAACUCUGGAAUUAAGAAGAUCUGUCAUUUGUUGAAAAAUCGUCAAUUCAGAUUGGAGAAACUGAGACUUUCAGACUGCAGUAUCACUGAAGAAGGUUAUACAGCUCUGGCUUCAGCUCUAAAAUCAAACCUUUCAAACCUGAUAGAGCUGGAUCUCACAGGAAAUGAUCCUGGACAAUCAGGAAUGGAGGAGCUCAAUGAUUUACUACAGCAUAGACGCUGUAAACUGAAGACCAUCAGGCUUUUAAAAAGUUCUGCUGCACAGGAAGCGUGUGAGUAUCUCACUGAAGUUCUGGGUAAAAGUCCAUUAGUACUGAAAGAACUGGAUCUGAGUGAAGAUAAAUUAGGGGACCUUGAUUUGGAAAAACUCUCUGCUCUUUUGAUGGAGUCUCAUAGCAAAUUGGAGAAAAUUAAGCUGAAUAAUUGUGAGCUGACAAAGAAAAGCUGUUCAGUUCUAGCUAAUGUUCUUUCCUCCAAAACCAAACUGAAAGAGCUGAACCUGAACAACAGUCGUCUACUGGACUCAGGAGUCAAAGAGAUCUGUGAGGGACUGAAGAAUCCUGUGUGUGAGCUGGAGAUACUGAAACUUUCAAAUUGCAGUAUCACUGAAGAAAGUUAUAAAGCUCUGGCUUCAGCACUGAGAUCAAACCCUUUACGCCUGACAGAGCUGGAUCUCACAGGAAAUGAUCCUGGACAAUCAGGAGUGAAGGAACUCAGUGAUUUACUACAGGGUCCAAACUGUCAACUGAAGACACUGAGGUGAGACAUUAUGAAAUAAUUAACAAAAAUGAUAUGCA